UAUAACUAUAUAUAGGCAGUUGUGGCAUUUGGAACUAUAUAUGAAAACUCCCUCCUCUUACUCCUAAACCAAUGGUGGCUUCUAAUUCAAGAAAACCAGACCAAAAGCCACAUGCGGUUUUAGUAUGUUUUCCUCUACAAGGCCACGUCAAUCCGUCCGUCCACUUAGCAUGCAAGCUGGCUGAGAAAGGUUUCACCAUCACCUUCAUCAACACCCAAUCCGUCCACCGCCACCUCUCCAAGAGCAACAAACAGGACGGCGACGACGGCGACAUCUUCUCCGGCAGCCGCAAACAGGGCCUCGACAUCCGUUACGUCACCAUUCCCGACGGCCUUCCGGUGGAGUGGGACCGGUCGGUGAACCACGACCAGUUCAUGGCUGCCCUUCUGCAUGUUUAUUCUGCCCACGUGGAGGAAGCGCUGAAGGGUAUCAUGAAGUCAACGCCGCCGGUCAACUGCUUGAUCGCCGACACUUUCUUUGUGUUCCCUGGGAAACUGGCCAAGAAAUAUGGUCUGAUCUAUAUAUCUUUCUGGACCGAACCGGCUUUGGUUUUUACACUUUAUUAUCACCUCCAUCUCUUGAAGCUGAAUGGCCAUUAUGGUUGUACAGAUGUGAGGAAGGACGAGAUUGACUACGUGCCUGGAGUUGGAUCGAUCCAGCCUAAGGAUUUAAUGUCAUACAUCCAAGAAACAGACACAACAACGGUGUCUCACCAAAUCAUUGAUACUGCCUUUGCUGAUGCUAGAGACCAUGCAGAUUUUGUACUGUGCAACACUAUUGAAGAACUAGAGCACCACACCAUUGUUGCUCUCCAAGAAAAGAUAAAGUUUUUCGCGACUGGCCCCAUCUUCCCGCCUUCUUUCUCCUCGA